AUGGAGCGUUCGGCUGUACGUCGGAGUAAGCGCAAUCAGCCAGAAGGCCUAGUGCCUGCCAUUCAAUCGCCAGGCAGCUUAGCGAAGAUUGCCGCCACGUCCGCUAAAGCUGCCGAACACCAUAGCGCUCCAUCGCCCAGUGCCAUGAAACUUAGUGGGCCGGGCACUCAGCCGUCCAGUGCUCCACCAACCAAUGCCUCGACAUUCAGCGCCUCGCAGUCUAGCGCUCCGCCGNAAUCGUCAGGCAGCUUAGCGAAGAUUGCCGCCACGUCCGCUAAAGCUGCCGAACACCAUAGCGCUCCAUCGCCCAGUGCCAUGAAACUUAGUGGGCCGGGCACUCAGCCGUCCAGUGCUCCGCCAACCAAUGCUUCGGCAUUCAGCACCUCGCAGUCUAGCGCUUCGACAUUCAUCGCUCCGCAUUCUAGCGCUCCGCCGUCCAGUGGUUCCACAUUCAUCGCCCCGGAGUCUAGCGCUCCGCCGCCCAGUGCCAUGAAACUUAGUGGGCCGGGCACUCCGCCGUCCAGCGCUCCACCAAUUAAUGCCUCAGCAUUUAGCGUCUCGCCAGCUAGCGCCCUUCCAUCCUGCGUUAUGCCACCUCCUGCGCCAGC